AUGAGCAAUCGAGAGAACAAAACAGCUCGUGACUCGAAGGAUGCAACAAAAACUGGGGCUGGCACUUAUGAUGAGCACGAGAGACCAAUUAGGUCACGUGAUUCCAGUAGCCGAGAAGCUGGAGGUGGAACGACUGCAAGAAAAGAGCACCGAGAUGACAGUGGGCGCAAUAGUUCAACAGCUAUCAGUAAGAAGGGUGGAGAGGAGAAGAGAGGAAAAGGGUUCCACCGGAUGUCCAGGAGCAACUCCUCCAUCGGAGCCUCCUUAGAUCUCCUCACAGCUCAGCAGGAAGUCGCAGGACAGAAGCAGGUGAACAAGGAGGAGGCUAGGCGUCUGAAGCAAUUGUCUUUCAAGUUGGAACAGGAGAGGAAACUCAUCAACCAACACAGAGCUAAUCUAGAGAAAGACAAGGAGAUGCGCAAAAUAGAGUAUAAGCCAGUGUCGGGAAACAGUCUGGUUCUAUCGAAAGAGUGCAAUGAAGCUGAUCCAAUAAAUUAA